UCCGGGAACGAUGGCGGCCAGCGGAGAGAGCUCGGAGAGCCAGGUGAGGAAGCGCCGUGUGGACAGCGGGAGGACCGAGGCGGACUGUGCACCGAGUGGCGGAAGAAAUGAAGCGGACCCGGGGGAAAAGGGAGAGAAGGGCCGGCGGCUCCCGGAGCCGCGGCUCCGACCCGGAACCUUCUGGUUAACCCGCAUCGUGCUGCUUCGUUCCGUCUCCUUUAUUUACUUUGUGGCGUUCAGCGUUGCAUACAACCAGAACAAGCAGCUGAUCGGCGAGCACGGCCUGAUGCCCUGCAAGAGCUACCUGAACAGCGUCAAACGCUACGUGGGAGGGAAGAUCGGCGUGGCCGCCCUGGCCUACACCCCGUCCGUCCUGUGGUUCCUGAGCUGGAGCGACAUGGACGCCAACCUGGACGGCGUGGCCCUGGCGGGCAUGGCGCUGUCCGGGUUCGUCCUGGUCACCGGGACAGCCAACAUGCUGAUCAUGGCGGCGCUGUGGGUGCUUUACCACUCCCUGGUCAACGUGGGGCAGCUGUGGUAUUCCUUUGGUUGGGAGAGCCAGCUGUUGGAGACGGGCUUCCUGGCCAUCUUCCUGUGUCCGCUGUGGACUCUGUCCCAGUUCCCCCGCCGAUGCCCCCCCUCGGCCAUCUGCAUCUGGACGUUCAGAUGGCUCAUUGUCCGCAUCAUGCUGGGAGCCGGUCUCAUUAAAAUCAGAGGCGACAAAUGCUGGAGAGAUCUGACGUGCAUGGAUUACCACUACGAGACGCAGCCGGUUCCCAACCCCAUCUCGUACUACCUGCACCGCUCGCCGUGGUGGUUCCACCGCUUCGAGACGCUGUCCAACCACUUCAUAGAGCUCAUCGCGCCCUUCUUCACCUUCAUGGGCAGACGGAUGUGUGCGGUCAACGGGGCCAUCCAGAUCCUUUUCCAGGUGGUUUUGAUCAUCAGCGGGAAUCUCAGCUUCCUGAACUGGCUCACCAUCGUUCCCAGCCUGUCCUGUUUCGACGACGCGUCGCUCGGCUUCCUGUUCGGGUCCGGGUCGAGGAGGGCGGUGCUGGAGAUACAGAACGAGGAGAAAUCCGGCCGCAGUGACAAACCCAGCAAAGGUAUGCUGAUCCGCCGGGUGGUGAACAUCUCUCUGGGCGUCCUGAUUGGCUGCCUGAGCGUCCCCGUGGUGAUGAACCUGCUGAGUUCCAGACAGGUGAUGAACACCUCCUUCGACCCGCUGCGCAUCGUCAACACGUACGGGGCUUUCGGAAGCAUCACCAAAGAGCGGACGGAGGUGAUCUUCCAGGGAACGCUGAGCGCGGAUCCCAAAGACCCCGAGGCAGUUUGGGAGGAGUAUCAAUUCCUGUGUAAGCCGGGAGAUGUCUACCGGCGGCCGUGCCUCAUCUCGCCGUACCACUACCGGCUGGACUGGCUCAUGUGGUUCGCUGCCUUCCAGACCUACGAACAGAGCGAGUUUGUGAUCCACAUCGCGGGACGGCUGCUCUCUAACGACAGCACCGUGCUCUCACUGCUCCAGCACAACCCCUUCCAGGGCCGAGAUCCUCCCAGGUGGGUUCGAGGAGAACAUUUCAUCUACAAGUUCAGCCGGCCCGGCAGCGACAGCGCAGCUCAGGGGAAAUGGUGGCUGAGGAAACGCAUUGGGGCGUACUUCCCCGCCGUGGACCUGCAGGGACUCAGAGGAUACUUCCAGUCCAGGAACUGGCCCCACCCACACAUAUCAACAAAGACACAGUGAAGAUAUCAGGUCAGGAGGACGAUCAGAGCUGAUCUGAAGGGAGGUCAGAUUUUAAUGGAAACUGGCUGGACGGCCUCGGGUUUCACUGAGAGCCGCCAGAUGAACUCCAUCACCGAACUAUCAGAGGAUUUCCAAUGAAAUCAUCUGCAGACGUGCAGACGAGUGUAUCUGAUCCGUACAUUAAACAGCUUCUGUCCGUUUGGAUGGGAGCUCCUGUGUUC